CGCGCCGAUUACUGCUGGCUUCUUUCGAUCAUGAAUAUUAUAGAAAGGGCGCUCUAUAUAUACCUGGAUCUAUGCGAUAAUAGCUUGCGAACCUGGGAUCGCCGCAAACCUUUAAUUCCAUGUCAAUCGAAGCCCUAUUCCCCUAAUAUCAGAUAUCAGACCUAAUCAACUUUCCAUACCCCUCCAUUCCCCCCUCCUUUCCCGAUUACAACCCCUCCAAACUUGCCCAUUUUUAAACAAAUUCCAAAAUGUCCGCCUCUCAAUUUUCACAUCCCAGAGAGAACACCGACAAUGAAAAUGAGGAUGACCUCUUCCUCGAUGCUGCAGACGCCGCCGAAGAAAUCCCCGCUGACGAGGACCAACCGAUGGAGGACGUCUCGGAAGACGGCGAUGACGGAGAAGAACUGACAUUCCAAAACGACUCUAUCGCCCAUUUCGAUCAGCAUAAAGACUCUAUCUUCUGCAUAGCUCAACACCCCAUCCACCCUAAUAUCAUAAUCACAGGCUCGGGCGACGAUACUGCCUUCAUAUUCAACUCCGCUGCGGAGAGACCGCUGCUUCCUAGGAGCUACGAGUCGAAUCCGCAACCUAAGGGCGAACGCGAGCCGUUGCCUGCCAUCGCACAUUUGGACGGACAUACGGAUUCAGUGAACGCUGUAGCUUUCACGGAGCCGCGGGGGGAGUAUGUUGUAACUGCAGGGUUGGACGGGAAGCUCCGCGCAUGGCGUGAUACAAGUCCCGGUAAAACCGGGCUAUCAUGGAAAUUUCUCGCAGAGGCCCAGGAGGUGGAGGAGAUAAAUUGGGUCGCUACGUGCCCAGUGAAUGGGGCUGGUGGGGGUGAGGAAAAGAAAAAUCUCAUUGCCCUUGGCGCCAGUAAUGGAAGCGUAUGGGUAUACCGCAUCGACGCGCAGGACGAGGCGGAGCCAAUGUCUAUGGUGGCUUGUUAUUUCCAGCAUACGGAAUCCUGUACAGCGGGUGCAUGGACGCCUGAUGGGAUGCUCCUGGCGACGGUUGGGGAAGACGCGUGCUUUUACGUCUACGACGUCUUUGGCGCUGCUACGGCGGCGGGAGUGGCCUCCUCCUCUGGAACACAGGUAAUCGUGGGUCUAACUGCUCAAGAUCAACGAUUUGCCGUUGAGGGUGGAUUAUAUUCCAUCGCCAUAGCGCCUACGGGCGCUUUUGCUGCAGUCGGUGGCGCAGAGGGACAUAUCAAAGUUGUUGGGUUGCCCCGAAUCCCAUCAUCAACUGCUGCUGGAGUGAACAAGUCGAAAUCGAAAUCGAAAGCUGCUGAGGGUAGUGGCGCCGGUACUCUCCUUGCAUCUCUACAGGCUCAAACUGACGGCGUUGAAUCAUUAUCAUUUUCCUCCCCGCCCCUGACGCUCCUUGCAGCCGGCUCCGUCGAUGGAUCCAUUGCCCUAUUCGACACAGCCCACCGCUUUGCUGUACGACGACAUAUACGAUCUGCCCACGAGGAGACGGCUGUUGUAAAAGUUGAAUUUAUCCAUGACAAGGCAGUGGCUGGCCAACAAACAGUAUCUGCUGCUACGAGCAAUAGUAGAUCAUGGCUACUUACGUCGGUAGGCAUGGAUGGAGUAGUUCGUCGGUGGGAUACGCGUGGUGGCACUGCUGCUGCGGGGUAUGGCCUGGUGAAGGAAUGGCGGGGCCAUUUGGGCAUGGCUGAGAAUGAGGCGGGAGAGCAAUCUGGUGGGAUCUUGGGGUUUGUACAGGGCGGAGAGGAUGGUAAGAGGAUUGUCACAGCAGGGGAUGAUGGGGUCGCCUUAGUUUUUGAGGAAUAAAUAGGACCAGGCUUUUUUAUAAGUAAUUUAAACCAGGAAGUAUGCAAAUGUUUACUAAUCUAGAGCUCCGUCAUUAACAUAGAAAAAAAAUGAAUCCGGUUGCUUUAUGAUUAAUGGUACUGUUUGUAUGUCAUCCUUCGAAUUUCCCGAUUGUAGGGCUGGAAUCGAAUUCCGAGAACAUGGCUAUUUGCAAACCCACCGCCAUCCGCAUGUUGCCUACAUGUCUCCUGUGAGCUAUAAAGGAAGAAAGCAAAUGGGCAACUUGACUAGAGGCUGGGUGGGCGAUUCAUGCUUUUUGUAACCCUAUGCUCCGAAGGAAGGCUAAACCUUUAA